CGGGCCGCCGUAGUCAGCUGCCGCGAGCAGGAAGUGUCCGACAGCGGCGGCGGCGGGCGGAGACUGCACGAUGGCCCCGGACCCCUGGUUCUCCACAUACGAUUCUACCUGCCAAAUUGCGCAAGAGAUUGCCGAGAAAAUCCAACAGCAAAAUCAGUAUGAAAGAAAUGGUGAAAAUACAAUCAGGCUUACUGUGACCAUCAGAACUUUGUUGCAGAAUCUGAAGGACAAGAUUGCCCUUUUGAAGGACCUGCUGCUAAGAGCUGUGUCAACACAUCAGAUAACACAGCUUGAAGGAGACCGAAGACAGAACCUGCUGGAUGAACUUGUAACUCGAGAGAGACUACUUGUGGCAUCCUUUAAGAACGAGGGUGCAGAACCAGAUCUCAUCAGGUCCAGCCUGAUGACUGGAGGGGCUAAGCGAGGAGUCCCCAACCCUUGGCUCUUCGAGGAGCCAGAGGAGACCAGAGGUUUGGGUUUUGAUGAACUCCGGCAACAGCAGCAGAAAAUUAUCCAAGAACAGGAUGCAGGCCUGGAUGCCCUAUCCUCUAUCAUCAGUCGGCAGAAACAGAUGGGGAAGGAAAUUGGCAAUGAACUGGAUGAACAAAACGAAAUAAUUGAUGACCUUGCCAACCUGGUGGAGAACACAGACGGGAAGCUCCGCACGGAGACCAGGCGCGUGACUAUGGUGGACAGAAAAUCAGCAUCUUGCGAGUCCUUUCCCGUGCACCCUGCCCGCGCCCAGAAGCCUUAGCGCGGUGAUUCAGUCUUUCCAGUCUGCUCUUUGAUGUCUGUUGUAAAGAGCAUAAGGCUGACACAGCUCCGACUUGCAAAACACCAGGCGUCGGCUGUUCGUUCCACCGUCGUCCAAGGCUGGCCAUGGUGGGGAAGCAGCAGUUGCCUCUGCCCUCACCCCAAGGAACCCCUUCUGUAUCUGGCUCUCCGCAGCAUUAAGAGUGCGACACCGUGAACAAAGAAGACUUCUCCCACUUCUGUAGCAAGCGACUGCAGAGUGCAAAAUACACAUGAACGUAAAGGCUCUCUGCAAAGUACAGCAUGCAGGAUUCAGUCCAAAAGCAGUUAGAGUCCUGUGCUUCUGCAGCUGUGUUUUCCAGUGGUGAGGGAUCAUCAGACCCUCUCCCAUCCCCUGUUUCACUGUAAUCAGAUAACCCAAAAGGCCCUUCACCAGGUCUCCAAGAAUUCUCCAAAGCCGUCUUACCGUUCACACGCACCCUUCUCGCGCGCUCAGGUUAUGAUGUGGUCAUUUUCAAUACUAGUCUCUAAAUUCCA